AAAAUUGUGAAGUCUUAAGUGCCUGCUAGGUAAUCCUGGUUUGGUUUUGAGACCGGUAAUCACACAUUACGCUUUGAUGGACCCGUGGAAGGAUCCUCUAGUGGGAAAACUUGCCUCUACCACUGAUUAUCCGUGUGCCUCCACAUUCACCUGGAGGAUUUGUUUAAAAGGUCACAGGGCUCCUUUUCCAAAAGUGUUCCCAGGGGGUGCAGGCACUGCUGGCCGAGGACUCCCUUUUGAGAACCAUUCCCAAAAUGUGAAAGGUCCAUACCCUUCCCUGUCACACAACCCCAACCCCAGAGAGCAGAGAAGCUCUUUGGGGGUAGCGGUAACAUUUACAAGGAGUUGCAACUAAAGCUUGUGUCUAAUCUACAAAGGGCUAAGACUUUAAAAGAGGUAACCGUUAAUUUACGCAAACACCUGAAAUUGACAAGGUGUAUUUAAAUGGCGAUUUGGAGAACACAGUAUUUUGAUGUGAUUUGCAAAACACUUGAGAAGCAAAGCGCACUUGGUACAGCACGAUAGUGAAAAGUAGACGAGGAUGAUCUUUAUCGGUGCUAAUGAUGGCUAAAAAGUAGGGGCCGAACUUGGUUGUGGCGAGAAGCGGUACCGGGUCUGCGCCGGCCAUAGCUACUGGCCUAGGCCUGCAGCCGCUACAACCGAAACACGGACGCGCUUCCGUGGGCGUGGCCAGCCGGGCGUCCGCGCACUUCCGUCGCGCCUGCGCAGUUGGCUCCUGGGCUCACGUUUCUGGCCGUUUCCCGGGACCAGCCAGCUAAUAGGAUACUGCUGUUUAACUCCCGUGGGCGAUGCGUUCUGGUGCUGCAGUCAGGGCCUGCCAGAAAGUCUGCAGGUGCCUAUUGUCUGGGUUUGGAGGUCGAGUGGAUGGGGGGCAGCCUGAGCCUUUGACGGAAGGGAGUAGCUCCUUCGGAGUGCCCCUGCGGUCGCAAGCGGAGCUGCCCCGGGGGAGCGAGCCGACCGAAGUCCCCGAGUCCGGUGAGGGGAGCGAGGAAUUGCUAGAGAUCUGUCAGAGAAGGCAUUUCUUCAGCGGCAGCAGGCGGCAGCUUAGCCGACAUUCUCUUCUGAGCGGGUGCCACCCCGGCUUUGGCCCCUUGGGCAUAGAGUUGCGGAAGAACCUGGCGGCAGAAUGGUGGUCCUCCGUGGUGGUGUUAAGGGAGCAGGUCUUCCCGGUAGACGCCCUCCACCAUGAGCCAGGCCCUUUGCUGCCCGGGGACAGUACCUUCAGGUUAGUUUCAGCAGCAACUCUACGCGAACUCUUGCAAGACAAAGAGCUGAGUAAGGAACAGCUAGUAGCAUUUCUUGACAACUUACUAAAAACUUCUGGGAAACUACGGGAGAACCUUCUUCACGGUGCUUUGGAGCACUAUGUUAAUUGCCUGGAUCUGGUAAACAGGAGGCUACCUUAUGGCCUGGCUCAGAUUGGAGUGUGUUUUCAUCCUGUUUCUGAUACUAAGCAGACACCUGAUGGUGUUAAAAGAAUCGGUGAGAAGACUGAGGCUUCACUGGUUUGGUUUACUUCAGCAAGAACUGCAGGCCAGUGGCUUGAUUUCUGGUUACGUCAUCGACUCCUGUGGUGGAGAAAGUUUGCCAAGAGUCCAUCUAACUUCAGCAGCAGUGAUUGUCAGGACGAAGAGGGACGAAAAGGAAAUAAACUUUACUACAAUUUUCCAUGGGGAAAGGAGCCAAUAGAGACCCUGUGGAAUCUAGGAGACCAUGAACUUUUAAACAUGUGUCCUGGAAAUGAGUCUCAAUUACACGGCCGAGAUGGACGAAAAAAUGUGGUUCCUUAUGUUUUAUCUGUAAGUGGAAAUCUAGACCGAGGCAUGCUGGCUUAUCUCUACGAUUCUUUCCAGCUAACAGAGAGCUCCUUUACAAGAAAGAAGAAUCUUCAUAGAAAGGUACUUAAACUUCACCCUUGUUUAGCCCCUGUUAAGGUUGCUUUGGAUGUGGGAAGAGGCCCAACAGUGGAAUUAAGACAGGUUUGUCAGGGACUAUUCAGUGAAUUACUAGAAAAUGGAAUUUCUGUGUGGCCUGGUUAUUUGGAAACUGUGCACUCCUCACUGGAACAACUUUAUUCAAAAUAUGAUGAAAUGAGUAUUCUCUUCACAGUUUUGAUUACUGAAGCUACUUUGGAGAAUGGGUUAAUACAUCUGAGAAGUAGAGACACCACGAUGAAGGAAAUGAUGCAUAUAUCCAAAGUAAAAGACUUUUUAAUCAAGUAUAUAUCAUCAGCUAAGAAUGUAUAGAUUUUAAUGUUUACAUAAUAAAUAUUCUUCCUUCCUAA